AUGGAGGUGCACAAUGUAUCAGCCCCCUUCAAUUUCUCGCUGCCACCUGGCUUUGGCCGCCGCCCCACAGACAAGGCGCUGAGUGUCAUCUUGGUGUUAAUGCUGCUAUUUGUCAUGUUCUCACUGGGCUGCACCAUGGAGUUCAGCAAGAUCAAGGCUCACCUGUGGAAGCCCAAAGGGGUGGUCAUCGCCAUGUUGUCCCAGUAUGGCAUCAUGCCCCUCACUGCCUUUGUCCUGGGCAAGGUCUUCAGGCUGAACACAGUUGAGGCACUGGCCAUCCUCAUCUGUGGCUGCUCUCCUGGAGGGAACCUGUCUAACCUCUUCACCUUGGCCAUGAAGGGGGACAUGAACCUCAGCAUUGUGAUGACCACCUGCUCCACCUUCACAGCCUUGGGCAUGAUGCCUCUCCUCUUGUACAUCUACACCAGAGGGAUCUAUGAUGGAGAUCUUAAGGACAAGGUGCCCUAUGGGGGCAUUAUGAUAUCACUGGUCAUGGUUCUCAUUCCUUGCAGCAUAGGAAUCUUCCUCAAGACCAAAAGGCCACAAUAUGUUCCCUACAUCAUCAAGGGAGGAAUGAUUACCACUUUCUUCCUCAGCGUGGCUGUCACGGUCCUCUCUGUCAUCAAUGUGGGCAAUAGCAUCAUGUUCGCCAUGACACCACCGUUACUGGCCACCUCCUCCCUGAUGCCUUUCAGUGGCUUCCUGCUGGGCUAUGUUCUCUCUGCUGUCUUCCAGCUCAAUCCAAGGUGCAGGCGCACCAUCAGCAUGGAAACAGGAUUCCAAAAUGUUCAACUCUGUUCUACCAUCCUCAACGUGACCUUCCCCCCUGAAGUCAUUGGACCACUUUUCUUCUUUCCUCUUCUCUACAUGAUUUUCCAACUUGCAGAAGGAAUUCUCUUCAUUGUUAUCUUCCGGUGCUAUGAGAAAAUCAAGCCUCCCAAGGACAAAACGAAAGUCAUCUACAAGGCUGCUUCAACUGAAGAUGCUAGCCCAGCUCUGGAAAAAGGCACCCACAAUGGGAAUGUUCCUUCUACACAACCUAGCCCUUCCCCCAACGGACUGGAUUCUGGUCAGGUGAAAAAUUAGAAGCAACAAGAAAGAACACCAAUCUUGCCUGAAUGUUUGUAUAACACUUCCAGCAAAUCACUUUCCAGCAAAACCUAAGCUAGAGGAGCAAUCUACCCAGGAACCCUCACCCAUCCCCAACAUGGAAUUUGCUAUUUGUUCAAAAACUAAGAACUGGGCAAAGUGGUUCAUGUCUAUAAUCCCAAUGCUCAGAAACUCAAAGUCAACCUUAAGGUACAAAGCAAGACUGUCAAACCAAAAAUACCCUUCAGUGGCUAUGAACACUUAUGAAGGCUGCACUCACCCCCGACCACACACACAGCAGUAUCUGAUGAGCAUUAAUGUCACUAUUUCUAAACUUACCAGUAGGUAGGUGUUCAUGAAACAUCCACAACUUGUUUCAAGUAACUCAAAAGGAAAUAAACUGUAAUACUAAUUGUUCUAAUUUAUGAAAAGUCCAAUCUUAAUUCUUUUUCCCUUUGACACAUGACUUGUGUUCAAGUUCAAAUCAAUACCAAGUACACAAGUGUCUGGGCAGUGGUGGCACACACUUUAAUCCCAGCACUCAGGAGGCAGACCUGUGAGUCCCAGGCCAGCCUGGUCUACAAAGAGUGUUCAAGACAGCCAGAGCUGUUACACAUAGAAACCCUGUCUCAUAAACAAAAACAAAAUGCACAAAAGCAAUUAAACAGGACAAAAUUGCCAUCCAUUACCACCAUGAAAGGGUUUCAAAUAUCAGAAGCAAGAGAAAUUCUUACUUAAAAAGCUAAGAAACAAGCCAGCACAAUUACACUUGAUGCCCAUUCUAUCAAUUUACCUGCGAGUGCCAUUAGGCACUCUAAAAACUUUAGAGGAAGUACUAUACAGAAAAAUAUUUGAACCUUCGUAUUUCCUCUAUACCUAAACAUUUUGCACUUUUUACUCAGAUGCCCAAAAACACUGAAAGAUGAACAAACUACCCAAUGCAUACAGUCGAACAUGGUUAGCUACUUUCUAUUUUAUUAUGUAUACAGUGUUUUGUCUGCACGUAUCCCUGCAGGCCAGAAGAGGGCGCCAGAUCUCACUACAGAUGGUUGGGAGCCACCAUGUGGUUGCUGGAAAUUGAACUCAGGACCUUUGGAAGAAUAAGCAGUGCUCUUAACCUCUAAGCCACCUCUCCAGCCCGACUACAUUUUUAUUUACUAGUGAUCAAGUACAACUGAGGCCAUAUUAAGGGCACCUCUUUGGCAAAGUGGCAAUACUAACAAGUAUUCCCAGGACCAGAACAAGACCGACUAUUUGGGUUCAUCUUUACCAUGUUUUUAUUAAAUUUAAAAAAAAAAAAAAAAAAGCAUGGUGGCAUACCCUUCGAAGCACACACUCACAUGCCUGCUAAAGCAGCAGGUGGUUUGCCUCAGGUUUGAGGUCAGCCUGAGCUACACAGUACCUAGCAAGCCCAAGUUUUCAACCAAAAAAAAAAAGUUUAGGUAUGUUAGGGCAGUCUAACACCAGCAAUUUGGGGGAGGGCAUAAAAGAAUGACAAA